GCUUCUGGCACAUCCCAGCCACGCCAGUGCCGCCGACAAGAUGGACCUUGCGACGCAGCUCGCCAUGGAACAAGAAAAGAACCGUCGCCUCCAGGCCGAAAUCGAGCGAUUGCGCAAGGCCGUCGUGGCUGCGUCGCUUGAAGCCGAGAAAGAAGAGGAGUUCAUCGUGAACUCGUUCAUCCGGCGCAUGGAACAAAAGCAAAAAGCCCUGGCUGCGAAGGCCUCCAAGACACAGUCGGCACUCCACGUCCAGCGCCUGGCAUCCCGUCCCCGCGAUUCGUACUAUGAAGCAGAAAUGAAGCGCUUGCGCGACGACAAGGUGGCACUUGGCGUGCGCUUUGAGCAAGAGCAAGAGUCCAUGUUAAAUCGACUCAUGCGCCAAUUCAAGGCUACCGCAAUGUCCCCCGCCAAACCCUCGGUGGGACGCACUCGCCGCGCGGUCGCUGCCGUCGUCUGUUAACGGGACCAAGAUGUGUAAUUUAAGUAGAGUUGGGAAACCCAAACAGUCGUCGAAACAGCACAUGGGACGCGUCUGCCGUCGUGCCUUC